CCGCCCGUUUCCUGGAAACUUUGUUUUCCCUUUCUUCCCUCCGCCGAUCCGGCGCGGGGGGGUUGGAGGGGUGCGCGGGGGGCGGGCGGGAUAAAUGGGACGGGCGGUGGGGCCGGACAGCGGGUGGUGAGGGGCAGCUUCCCCGGCAUCCGGACCGCCACAAGGACCGGCAUCGGCACCGCCAGCGCUGCCAGCGGGACCGGUACCGGGACCGGUACCGGGACGUGCACCGGCAGCGCCCGCUCCGCCCAGCCGGAACCAUGGCCGAAGAUCUGGUGCUGGAGACGUGGGACCUGCACUGCGACCGCAAUGGGCGGGAGCACCGGACGGCGGACAUGGGCUGCAAGGAGCUGGUGGUGCGGCGGGGACAGCCCUUCACCAUCACCCUGCGCUUCUCCGGCCGCGGCUACCAGGAGGGCGUGGACAAGCUCUCCUUCAACGUCGAGACGGGGCCCUGCCCCAGUGAGACAUCAGGAACCAGGUUCCACUUUGUCAUGACCGACUGCCCAGAAGAAUCAUGCUGGAGUGCUGUGAUCCAGCAGCAGGAUGGGGAGUCCCUUUCUGUCUCGCUUUGCUCCCCACCCGACGCUCGCAUCGGCCGCUACAGCAUGACCCUGGAGACCUGCACUGACUACCAGGGCUCCAGCUACCAAAUCGGUGACUUCGUCCUGCUCUUCAACCCCUGGCACCCAGAGGACACAGUUUUCCUGCGUGACGAGAAUGAGCGACGUGAGUACGUCCUGUCCCAGCACGGGCUUAUCUACCAAGGCACCUGCGAUUACAUCUUCUCCAUUCCCUGGAACUUCGGCCAGUUCGAGGAUGACAUCUUAGCCAUCUGCCUCAACAUGCUGGACAUAAACCCCAAACACCUGCGGGAUCAGAACCGGGAUUGCUCCCGCCGCAAUGACCCUGUGUACAUUGGCAGGGUGGUGAGUGCCAUGGUAAACUGUAAUGAUGAGGAUCGAGGGGUGCUGUUUGGGCGGUGGGACAACCGCUACGAGGAUGGGAUGAGCCCCAUGGCCUGGAUUGGGAGUGUGGAUAUUCUCAAGAGGUGGAAGAAGUUUGGGUGCCAGCCAGUCAAAUAUGGCCAGUGCUGGGUCUUUGCUGCUGUGGCAUGCACUGUCAUGCGGUGCCUGGGAAUCCCCAGCCGGGUGGUGACCAACUACAACUCAGCCCAUGACACAAAUGCCAACCUGACCAUUGACCGCUACGUCAACGAGAAGGGGGAGCAGGCGAGGCAGUCCUGGGACAAGAUCUGGAACUUCCACUGCUGGGUGGAGUCGUGGAUGGCCCGUCCAGACCUGGCAGCUGGCUAUGAUGGGUGGCAGGUGCUGGACCCGACCCCUCAGGAGAAGAGUGAAGGAGUUUACUGCUGCGGGCCAGCCCCCGUCAAAGCCAUCAAAGAGGGUGACAUGCUGCCCAAGUACGACAUCCCCUUCAUCUUCGCCGAGGUGAACGCCGACGUGGUGUACUGGGUGGUGCAGAGCGACGGGAUGCAGAAGCAGAGCAUCCGAUCCUCAGAUGUGGGGAAGUACAUCAGCACCAAGAGCGUAGGCAGGGACAGCCGGGAGGACAUCACCCACAACUACAAAUACCCGGAGGGGUCUGAGGAGGAGAGGGCAGUGUUUGAGAAGGCAGAGCAUCAGAAGAAGUCCAUCGGGGAGGAGGACGAGGGGUUGCACCUCAGGAUCAAGGUGUCAGAGGGUGCAAACAAGGGCAGCGACUUCGAUGUCUUUGCCGUUGUCAACAACAACACAGACGAGGAGCGUGUCUGCAGGGUGACACUGUGUGCCCGUGCCACCAGCCACAAUGGCACCCUCGGGCUCCAGUGUGGCCUCACGGACCCGGUUGACAUUGACAUUGAGCCCAGGGCAGAGAAGAGGGUCCCCAUGAGCAUCCUGUAUGAAGAGUACAGGGACAAACUGACCCAGGACAACCUCAUCAAGGUGGUGGCUCUCCUGAACGAUCACCAGACUGGUGACAUCAUCGUCGCUGUCAGGGACAUUUAUGUUGAGAAUCCACCAAUCAAGAUCAGGAUUUUAGGAGAACCAAUGCAGAAUCGGAAGCUGGUGGCAGAGAUCAGCCUGGUGAACCCCCUGGCAGUGCCCCUGAAUGGCUGCGUGUUCGUGGUGGAGGGCACUGGUCUCACCGAUGGGCAGUUGGUCAAGGAACUUGAGGAGCCGGUGGAGCCACAGGCAGAGGCCAAGUUCCGGAUGGAUCUGAUGCCACGGCUGUCAGGGCUGCAGAAGCUGAUGGUGGACUUUGAGAGUGACCAGCUGACCGGGGUCAAGGGCUACCGCAACGUCAUCAUCGCACCCCAGCCCAUGUGAGCAGCUACCAUGGCCCCCCCAGCAGCAGAAGCUCUGCCUUGCUGGCCCCCACCCGCUUUAGCCCAGGAUGGUCCUAGCAGGGUGACUGCCAGAGUCCAGCUUGACCCCGACACGGUGGCAGUGAUGCCACCACGCUCCUCCCCGGGAGCACAGACAGGAUAAAGGGGUUGGUGAGGUCUGGGGAUUGCUGUGGUAGUCGCUCACUUCACUGCUGCUCUCUCACCCUGUGGGGUGGAAACAUCCCUGUCCUGCCUGUCCCCAGCACUGGGCACACCAGGACCCCCUUGCCAGCCCCCUCCUCUGUGCAGUGCUGGCAGCCCCAGCCUGCAGAUCCCAUUUCCAUAGAGGCAGCAGCAGAACGACCCCUCCAGCCCCUGCUGUCACCAUCCUCUGACUGCAGCUCCAUAGAGAGAGAUUUUAUACUGUGAGCACUAUGCUGUCUAUGUACCAUAUACCUACAAAACAAAUUAUGAAUACAUGCUGCAAAUAACCUGCUUGGGUACAGCCAGGCAUUGCCUUUGAUAACCAUCCUGGCACUGCACAUUCUGCAGGGAGGGAUGGGAUGUUACCUUGAUAUGAAGCAACUAUGCAAACACUGAAUAAAAACUCUAUUUUUCACUUUAAAA